AUGAAGAACCCUGAAAGCACUAAAAGCUUUAAACACUUGAAACCAUACCCCGUCGAAGUAGAGAAACCAUAUCCCGUUGAAGUUGAAAAACCAUAUCCAGUCAUUGUGGAAAAGAAGGUACCAUAUGAAGUCAAAGUACCAGUUGACAAACCAUACAAAGUCGAAGUUGAGAAACCUUAUCCAGUACAUGUAAAGGUGCCCGUGCCACAGCCGUACACUGUGGAGAAGAAGGUACCAUACACUGUUGAGAAGCCAGUACCAUAUGAAGUUAAAGUGCCCAUUGAGAAACCAUAUCCAGUUUACUCAGAGGUCAAGGUACCCUUCCCUUUCUCGCUCAUGGUCUUAAGAACUGAUCUACUUUUCUAUCAAACGCGCUCCGUAAGAAGUUACGAGACGAAACUCUUGUGA